UCGCUUGGUUGAAAGGAGGGAAGGCGUCGCGGUUUCCAAGCGCCGCGCUGUCUUAGUAACCAGCGGGCCGUGAUUCCCUAAAGCCGGGGACGCCUGCGCCGAAGUACCUCCUCCCUCCCUACAGUCACCCUUCCCGAAGAGCCCUCGCUGGAGAAAUAACGUCCCUCCCUCGUUGUCCUAGUGAUUAAGCAGACCCCGCCACCCCCACCCGGGAGCGUGAGGCGAGGAGGGAGGAAGGAGAGUGGGAGGGAGCAGGGUCUUCCUGUCUUCUAGCACAAGGACUUGGACACUGCCUUCUCCACAGGGGACAGGGGAACCCAGAGCUGGGCAGCUGCAAGUACGGGCAGAAACGGAAGGAGAGGGAGGGAGACUGGUUAACUCUGGAUGAGGGGCAGAAGCCCAGCCCCCACCGUGAGGGAAUGAGUAUUGGACAGGGAUGGACAAUUUCGAAAGAAAGGACAGUGAUGGAAAAGCUUGCAAGAGUUCCCGGUAAAAUUCAGGCUGUCACCGGAUAAAUCCUGGAGAUUGCUGCAGAAUCCCAGCCCCCUGCAACUUAAACAUAUAGACCGGUUCCUAUCCUUACCAUUUGAAUAUAUAGGUCUCUAUUUUAAAAAGGUGUUUUGGGGGAAGCGGAGAGAACCCCCCGGACGCUCUUUUGGUGCUAAUUAAGAGAAGGGGCAGCAGCCAGAGAGACCUUCUUGCAGGUGGUGGCAGCACCUGGAAGUUGCUUUUGUCUUUGGAGCAAUAUCCGUCCAAGCCCAGAGAGUGUUUCCAUUUUAUUCGUCUCCCCUAAAGUGUCUGAGUUGCAAACCGGCUGAGCGGCAGCGGCAGCGGCAGCAGCAGCAGCAGCUGCUCAUCUCUAGCGGCGGCAGCAGCAGCAUCAGAUUAUGGUGGCAGCGGGCACACGGGGUUGUGGAUGCGUUUUCUCCUGGAAAUCAAAAUCUCCAAGUGCCAAUUGAAGACUCUCAGCGCUGCCGCAGCCCAGAGCCCUUCCAAGGGAGAGCCUUAGGCAAGGUGGGGGUGGGAGGGAGGGAGAGGGCCAAGCCGACUGAGUGUGUGUCUGCGUGUGAGUGUAUGUGUGAGUGAGUGUGUGUGUGUGUGUCUGUGAGUGGGGUUGCGUUAUCAUGGCGGAUCGGACAGCUCCUAGAUGCCAGCUUCGGCUGGAGUGGGUUUACGGUUACAGGGGUCACCAGUGCCGCAACAACCUGUACUAUACAGCGGGCAAGGAGGUGGUCUACUUCGUGGCUGGAGUCGGGGUGGUGUACAACACCCGGGAGCAUAACCAGAAAUUCUUCUUGGGGCACAACGACGACAUUAUCAGCCUUGCCUUACACCCAGAUAAAACCCUGGUUGCUACUGGACAAGUUGGAAAAGAUCCUUAUAUUUGCAUUUGGGAUUCUUAUAAUGUACAGACCGUUUCUAUUCUUAAAGAUGUACAUACACAUGGAAUCGCUUGUCUGGCUUUUGAUUCAGAUGGACAGCGUUUAGCCUCUGUGGGAUUGGAUGCCAAAAACACAGUCUGCAUUUGGGACUGGAAGAAGGGAAAAUUACUGGCAACAGCAACUGGCCAUUCUGAUAGGAUUUUUGAUAUUUCCUGGGAUCCAUAUCAGCCAAACAGAGUGGUUAGUUGUGGAGUGAAACAUAUCAAGUUUUGGACACUAUGUGGAAAUGCCUUGACUGCAAAAAGAGGAAUAUUUGGCAAAACAGGGGAUCUACAGACGAUCCUUUGCCUUGCAUGUGCCAAAGAAGACGUGACCUAUUCUGGUGCUUUAAAUGGAGAUAUCUAUGUCUGGAAAGGGCUAAAUUUAGUCCGCACGAUUCAAGGCGCUCAUAGUGCUGGAAUCUUUAGCAUGUACGCCUGUGAUGAAGGCUUUGCCACUGGUGGUCGAGAUGGGUGCAUACGAUUAUGGGAUAUUGAUUUCAAACCAAUAACCAAAAUUGAUCUCAGGGAAACUGAGCAAGGAUACAAAGGUUUGUCCAUCCGUAGUGUUUGCUGGAAAGCAGAUCGACUUUUGGCAGGUACACAGGACAGUGAAAUAUUUGAAGUGAUAGUGAGAGAAAGAGAUAAGCCGAUGCUGAUCAUGCAAGGUCAUUGUGAAGGGGAGCUCUGGGCUCUGGCCGUCCAUCCCAAGAAACCUUUAGCAGUUACAGGCAGUGACGAUAGAUCUGUCCGAUUAUGGAGCCUUGCUGAUCAUGCCUUGAUUGCCCGUUGUAACAUGGAAGAAGCAGUACGCAGUGUAUCGUUUGGCCCAGAUGGAUCUCAGCUAGCCCUGGGAAUGAAAGAUGGGUCUUUCAUUGUCCUCCGAGUCAGAGAUAUGACAGAAGUGGUUCAUAUCAAAGACCGAAAGGAAGUAAUUCAUGAAAUGAAAUUUUCUCCAGAUGGUUCUUAUCUUGCAGUAGGGUCCAAUGAUGGCCCAGUAGAUAUCUAUGCUGUUGCUCAACGAUAUAAAAAAAUUGGAGAAUGUAAUAAAUCUUUUAGUUUUAUUACUCACAUUGACUGGUCUAUGGAUAGUAAAUACUUACAAACUAAUGAUGGUGCGGGAGAGCGAUUAUUCUACAAGAUGCCAUCUGGAAAACCCUUAACAAGUAAAGAGGAAAUCAAAGGGAUUCAUUGGACUGCCUGGACCUGUGUGAUUGGGCCUGAAGUGAGUGGAAUUUGGCCCAAAUACAAUGACAUUACUGAUAUUAACUCAGUAGAUGCGAAUUACAACAGUUCAGUGCUAGUCACUGGAGAUGACUUUGGAUUGGUUAAAUUAUUCAAAUUUCCUUGUCUAAAGAAAGGAGCUAAAUUUAGGAAGUAUGUUGGCCAUUCAGCUCACGUAACAAAUGUCCGCUGGUCACAUGAUUUCCAGUGGGUGUUGAGUACAGGAGGUGCUGACCACUCAGUUUUUCAGUGGAGGUUUAUUCCAGAAGGUGUGACCAACGGUAUCCUUGAUUUAGCACCCCAGGAGGGUGGCAGUGAUUCAUAUAGUGAAGAAUCAGAUUCGGAUUUAUCAGAUGUUCCAGAGCUGGACUCAGAUAUAGAGCAAGAAGCUCAAAUCAACUAUGAACGCCAGGUUUACAAAGAAGAUCUACCUCAGUUGAAACAACAAAGUAAAGAGAAAAACCAUUCUGUGCCCUUCCUUAAAAGAGAAAAAGCCCCAGAGGACAGCUUGAAGCUACAGUUCAUACAUGGGUAUAGAGGCUACGAUUGUAGAAAUAAUCUGUUCUAUACUCAAACUGGAGAGGUGGUUUACCAUAUUGCAGCAGUUGCUGUUGUGUACAAUCGGCAGCAACACUCCCAAAGAUUGUAUCUUGGACAUGAUGAUGACAUUCUCAGCCUAGCUAUUCAUCCAGUGAAAGACUACGUAGCUACUGGACAGGUUGGAAGAGAUGCUGCUAUCCAUGUAUGGGACACACAAAAUCUGAAAUGCUUGUCACUAUUAAAGGGUCAGCAUCAGAGAGGCGUGUGUGCUCUGGAUUUCUCAGCUGAUGGGAAAUGUCUGGUGUCUAUUGGUUUAGAUGAUUUUCACAGUAUUGUAUAUUGGGACUGGAAAAAAGGAGAAAAGAUAGCAACAACAAGAGGUCAUAAAGAAAAGAUAUUUGUAGUGAAGUGCAACCCACAUCAUGUGGACAGACUGGUUACCGUUGGGAUAAAGCACAUCAAAUUCUGGCAGCAAGCAGGUGGGGGCUUCACAUCUAAACGAGGAAUCUUUGGCAGUAUUGGGAAAUUGGAAACAAUGAUGUCUGUUUCUUAUGGACGCAUGGAAGACCUGGUUUUCUCUGGAGCUGCUACUGGAGAUAUUUUUAUUUGGAAAGAUACUCUUUUACUUAAGACUGUCAAAGCUCAUGAUGGGCCUGUUUUCGCUAUGCAUGCAUUGGAUAAGGGUUUUGUAACAGGUGGAAAAGAUGGAAUCGUGGAACUCUGGGAUGAUAUGUUUGAGAGAUGCUUGAAGACUUAUGCUAUUAAAAGAUCUGCAUUAUCAACUAGCUCUAAAGGUUUGCUCUUGGAAGACAAUCCUUCAAUUCGUGCCAUCACUUUGGGACAUGGACAUAUCCUAGUAGGGACCAAAAAUGGAGAGAUACUUGAAAUUGAUAAGAGUGGCCCUAUGACUCUGCUUGUUCAGGGGCAUAUGGAGGGAGAAGUCUGGGGUCUGGCAGCUCAUCCUCUCCUACCUAUCUGUGCAACUGUGAGUGAUGAUAAAACCCUUCGAAUCUGGGAACUGUCAUCCCAACACCGUAUGUUGGCUGUUAGGAAGCUCAAAAAAGGUGGGAGAUGCUGUGCCUUUUCUCCUGAUGGGAAAGCCUUAGCAGUUGGGCUAAAUGAUGGAAGUUUCUUAGUUGUAAAUGCUGAUACUGUUGAAGAUAUGGUCUCCUUUCACCACAGGAAAGAAAUGAUCUCUGAUAUCAAAUUUUCCAAAGACACAGGGAAAUAUUUGGCUGUGGCAUCCCAUGAUAAUUUUGUAGAUAUUUACAAUGUACUCACCAGCAAAAGAGUCGGUAUCUGCAAGGGUGCUUCAAGUUAUAUUACACACAUCGACUGGGAUUUGAGAGGAAAAUUGUUACAAGUCAACUCAGGUGCCAAAGAACAACUCUUUUUUGAAGCCCCAAGAGGAAAAAGACACAUAAUACGAGCCUCAGAGAUUGAGAAGAUAGAAUGGGACACAUGGACAUGUGUUUUGGGUCCUACUUGUGAAGGAAUCUGGCCAGCACACAGCGAUGUGACAGAUGUGAAUGCUGCUAGUCUUACCAAAGAUUGCUCCCUUCUAGCCACAGGAGAUGACUUUGGUUUUGUCAAAUUAUUUUCAUAUCCUGUAAAGGGCCAACAUGCAAAAUUCAAGAAAUAUGUGGGGCACGGUGCCCAUGUCACCAACGUCAGAUGGUUGCAUAGUGACUCCGUACUGCUAACUGUAGGCGGUGCUGACACGGCUCUGAUGAUCUGGACAAGAGAGUUCGUAGGAACCCAGGAAAGUAAAUUGGUUGACAGUGAAGAGUCAGAUACAGAUGCUGAGGAGGAUGGAGGCUACGACAGUGAUGUUGCCAGAGAAAAGGCCAUUGACUAUACCACUAAGAUCUACGCGGUAAGCAUCAGGGAAAUGGAAGGCACUAAACCCCACCAACAGCUGAAAGAGAUUUCAAUGGAGGAAAGGCCACCAGUUAGCAGGGCAGCUCCCCAGCCAGAGAAACUACAGAAGAAUAACAUCACCAAAAAAAAGAAACUGGUGGAGGAGCUGGCUUUAGAUCAUGUAUUUGGCUAUCGAGGAUUUGAUUGUCGUAAUAACCUGCAUUACCUUAAUGAUGGUGCUGAUAUCAUCUUCCACACUGCAGCAGCAGGCAUAGUUCAGAAUCUUUCCACAGGAAGCCAGAGUUUUUACCUGGAACACACUGAUGACAUUCUCUGUUUGACUGUAAACCAACACCCUAAGUAUAAAAAUGUGGUAGCCACCAGCCAGAUAGGAACGACCCCUUCGAUUCACAUAUGGGAUGCCAUGAGCAAGCAGACGCUUUCCAUGCUUCGAUGCUUCCAUGCAAAAGGGGUUAAUUAUAUCAAUUUCAGUGCUACUGGCAAGCUCCUGGUAUCGGUAGGAGUAGACCCGGAGCAUACAAUCACAGUGUGGCGAUGGCAAGAAGGUGCCAAAGUUGCCAGCCGAGGCGGCCACCUGGAGCGAAUAUUUGUGGUCGAGUUCCGCCCGGACUCUGACACACAAUUCGUGUCCGUGGGGGUCAAGCAUAUGAAGUUCUGGACACUGGCUGGCAGUGCCUUGCUCUACAAGAAAGGAGUCAUUGGAUCCAUGGAAGGUGCCAAAAUGCAGACCAUGCUCUCUGUGGCUUUUGGUGCUAACAACCUCACUUUCACUGGGGCCAUAAAUGGAGAUGUCUAUGUGUGGAAGGACCACUUUCUUAUUAGGCUGGUGGCCAAAGCUCACACAGGCCCCGUCUUUACAAUGUACACAACUCUUCGAGAUGGACUCAUAGUCACUGGUGGAAAGGAGAGACCGACCAAAGAAGGAGGAGCUGUGAAACUGUGGGACCAGGAGAUGAAACGCUGCCGAGCAUUUCAGCUAGAGACUGGGCAACUGGUAGAAUGUGUGCGCUCAGUCUGUAGAGGCAAAGGGAAAAUUUUAGUGGGAACCAAAGAUGGAGAAAUAAUUGAAGUUGGUGAAAAAAAUGCUGCUUCCAACAUGUUGAUUGAUGGACACAUGGAAGGGGAGAUCUGGGGUCUGGCCACUCAUCCUACCAAGGAUAUCUUCAUCUCGGCCAGCAAUGAUGGUACAGCCAGGAUCUGGGACCUGGCAGACAAAAAACUUCUAAACAAGGUCAACUUGGGCCACGCAGCCAGGUGUGCUGCCUAUAGCCCUGAUGGAGAGAUGGUGGCCAUUGGCAUGAAGAAUGGAGAAUUUGUCAUCUUACUGGUGAACAGUCUAAAAGUCUGGGGGAAAAAACGAGAUCGAAAAUCAGCUAUUCAGGAUAUCAGGAUGAGUCCAGACAACCACUUCUUAGCUGUGGGCUCAUCAGAGCACACUGUGGACUUCUAUGACCUCACCCAAGGCACAAACUUGAACAGAAUUGGGUAUUGUAAGGACAUUCCAAGCUUUGUUAUUCAGAUGGAUUUCUCAGCAGACAACAAAUACAUUCAGGUUUCCACGGGGGCUUACAAGCGUCAGGUCCACGAAGUUCCGCUGGGGAAGCAAGUGACCGAUACCACAGUCAUCGAGAAUAUCACCUGGGCCACCUGGACAAGCAUCCUCGGAGAUGAAGUCAUCGGGAUCUGGCCCCGAAACGCAGACAAGGCCGACGUCAACUGCGCCUGCGUGACCCACGCGGGCCUCAACGUGGCCACCGGAGAUGACUUUGGCCUGGUGAAACUCUUCGAUUUUCCAUGUACAGAAAAAUUUGCCAAACACAAGCGUUACUUUGGGCACUCGGCUCACGUCACCAACAUCCGGUUCUCCCAUGACGACAAGUACGUGAUCAGCACCGGAGGAGACGACUGCAGCAUAUUUGUGUGGAGAUGUCUGUGAAACAGAGAACGAGCCCCCCAUAAAACCUGGAUAAGCGCCCCGUUCCUGCUGCACCCCGAGGCUGUGCAGGGGCCUCUCCCCUUUCCAGGUGCUUGGAUGCAGCCCCACCUGUGGCGUCCUUCUACAGAAGCACUCUGGCACCCCAAAAUGUGUGAAGCGAUAUAAUCCCGGAGAAGGAAGUCCAAGGAAGACGCCGGCGGCCCCCGUUCCUGAAGACUAAACAGCGUCCGCCUCCCCCCUCCCUCACACUCACACACACACACACACACACACACACACACACACACACACACACACACACACACACACACACACACACACACACACACACACACACACACACACACGAGACCCCGUCCAAUCUUGGGAUCCGGUAGCCCACUGACAAAGUUUUAAGCCUCAGUUGCCCUAGCAAUUACAUAGCUUUACUUUGCAUCGUCACUUCUUAAAAGUAUGUUUUACUGUCCGGUUUUCCUACAUUUUAAGGGAUGUUCCUCUUUUCAAAAUCACUACAAGAUAAAUUCUAAGUUACUUAUAUGCACUGGGAUAAAAGAAAUGCUAAAAGUACACUGUUUCCACUAAAGCUAAACACUUUCAAAAACCAAACGAGCCAUGGACAAAAAAAGUUGAAAAUGUUAAUUUUUAAUGUUUUAUUUGCAGAGUUUUAUAUCCAUAAAGUGCCUUUGAAAGUUUUUAGUCACGUGGGCUACUCUCACCUCCCACAUAUACCUGAUUUCUACAUAUGGUGCUACAACUAAAACCGAGGGCUAACCAAACCCCUAGCAGAUAUGUAGUUUCUCCCGCUUGUCCUGCUUGGAUUUUGUACACGAUUGGUCACGGGACGACGCAGUCAUUUGCUUCAGAAAUCACGGAUCCGGGUGAGCCGCACCAUUCGCCCAGGAGGGGGCGCCAUCGAGGUGUUCAUGAUCCCAAACCACGUUUCUAAAAUUCUAGACACAAGAAGCCGGCUUCGUGCAAAGGCACGAGACGGCGGAAGGCAACUCACUGGCUCCACGUCUUCGAGUCCACACUCGGGCGGCCACGGGCAAAGGGCCACGGCGACCCUCUGCGGCCAAUGUCCCGAAUGGGAACAGCCCCGGCGGAGCUGAAAUCUCCGCUGUCGCCGCAUCCCCUUCCCUUCCCGCCUCUCAGAAUGGGCCGCCCACUUCCGGUCCGGUCUUGCUGGGGGAAGACGCGGCUCUGAGUCCCAACACGCCUCCGUGUGUAAAAUGAGGCCUAUGGGCAGGGCGCCCGAGGGAGGCAGGGAGGGAGCUGAAGUCCAAGGGCCAUGGGCGACUGUAUCGUGUUCAGACAAAAAAAAGCAAAAUGCAAUCUCUUCGAUGAAGGAAUAGAUUCCAACAUCACAAGUGCUUCAGCAUUCUCAAUGAACCACAUCACUCACGAAGCUAUUUUUCUAUGCCAAAUUUAUCAAUGCCUUAUGUUGACCUACAGCUAGUUUGUCCGAUCCACGAGUCCCUAUGCGGUCUUCGCUAGUGUAACCCCCGCCCCACCCGCGUGUUGAUGUAACCGUAUUGACUGGUGAUGUUGGGUGAUCACCACAUUUGCCUCUGUUGUACUGUUGGCCUUUCAUAUUGAUUGUACCUUACAUAGAAAUAAACGUGAAAAUACAAUGAGCUGAUCAAUGGUGAUGUGAAAAUUAUAUUUAAGAGCAAUAGUGUCUGUGUCAAGAAAACAUUUAAGAAUUUCUAAGCAUUUAUAUGGUAUGAUUUAUGUAUAAAUCCUGCACUGUAUCCUAAUGUAAAUUGAAAUAGGAGCGCAUGAAUUUAUUUUUCAAUUGUUUUAUGUGUUUGAAAAACACAUUUUGAAAACUUUUUUGUUAUGUAUCAAAUAAAUUUGAUUACAUACCCA